UCUGAAUACGGGUGGGCCGGGAGAACGGAUUAUUUGUUUUUGUUUGUUUGUUGUAUGACUCACUCUGGCAGUUGUUAGGGACGGCGGUGCUUUCUGUUGUUACACUGAGAUUUACAGAUGGGAUUAGAGUAACGUUACACCCAGAGACUGGACUGGCUAUGAUGCACAACAGUAUGUUACUUUGCAGGUGGUGGUGUGCACACGAACAUCAUGACUUCAAGGCGUGUCACUCAAACCACAGACCCUGGCUGCAUUUGAGCGGCCAUCGAACAGGUGCCAGGUACAACUGCAUGUCAUGCUGAGAAAGAAAACAGCACUAUGAACCGAUACGCUGCCCUCCAGCAGCUUGGCGACGGCACCUUUGGCUCAGUCACACUGAGCCGCUGCCUGGAGUCUGGUGAGCUUGUCGCCAUCAAGAAAAUGAAAAGGAAAUUCUAUUCCUGGGAGGAGUGCAUCAAUCUCAGAGAGGUCAAGUCCCUGAAGAAACUCAACCAUGCCAACGUGAUCAAGCUGAAGGAGGUCAUCCGGGAAAAUGAUCAGCUCUACUUUGUGUUUGAGUAUAUGAAGGAGAACCUCUAUCAGCUGAUGAAGGAAAGAACACGCAUGUUUCCUGAGUCUGCAGUGAGGAAUAUCAUGUUUCAGAUUCUACAGGGACUUGCCUUCAUUCAUAAACACGGCUUUUUUCAUAGAGACAUGAAGCCAGAGAAUGUUUUGUGCAUGGGUCCUGAGCUCGUGAAAAUUGCUGACUUUGGACUAGCUCGAGAGAUACGAUCUCGUCCUCCUUACACUGAUUAUGUGUCGACAAGAUGGUACCGAGCUCCAGAAGUGCUUCUCAAGUCCACAAGCUACAACUCUCCUAUAGACCAGUGGGCCGUAGGCUGUAUCAUGGCUGAACUCUACACGCUCAGACCUCUGUUUCCUGGCUCCAGUGAGGUGGACACUAUUUUCAAGAUCUGCCAGGUUUUGGGAACUCCGAAAAAGAAUGACUGGCCUGAAGGAUGCCAGCUGGCUGCCUCCAUGAGUUUCCGCUGGCCGCAGUGCGUGCCCACCAGUCUAGCCACCCUGAUCCCCAGCGCCGGCUCCGAAGCCAUUCGGCUGAUGAGAGACCUGUUACAGUGGGACCCUAAAAAACGGCCAGCAGCCUGCCAGGCCCUGCGCUAUCCCUACUUUCAGGUGGGUCAAGUUCUAGCCACACCACAGCAGAUCCAGGACCAAGGACAAACACAGCCUCUGCAACUCAGGCCUGAACCUCUUCCUCAGAUCCCACCGCUCACCUUACCUCAUACAGCCCAUCAACCACAGCACCUUCCAGAGCCUCCUAAAAGGCCAGAAAGGGCAGAGGUCAAGAUGGACAGGGCAGUGCAGAGACGCUUUCCUCUAAUACAUGACAAAGGCUUGCAGAGCAAGCUAACUCCAGAACCCGAGAAUGCUAACUUGUCUAGCAGUUUAUCGAUGCCUAAAGGAGGCCGGAGGAGAUGGGGUAAUGUGACUCGGGUCUUAAAGGUAUAUGACUGGGAUGAUUUUGAGGACACGGACACUACAACCACCACUCUAAACAAACCCAUUUUCAUCAGUAAUGAACAGCGGCUACAGGGAGACAGCAAUGUGAUGAACAGGCUCGGAAACAUUUUGGAUUUCAGUCUGUCCAACGUCAGGAGUGAAGGAGUCGCAAAUAUAAAUAACGUGCUGCCCUUCCAGGAGCCAUCCAGGACAGCAUCAGCCAAACAGCAUUACUUGAAGCAGUCAAGAUAUUUACCAGAAAUAUCAAUAGAUGUGACAUUCUUCUGUGAAAAAAGGUUAAGCAUGAAGAAGAACGUAGCCGUUCAUGCAGCAAAGGACUACAGUGGAAACAUGUGGGAGGGCAGCAGUGUCGGAGGAACGCAUCCUAUCACGGGCAACCAUGGUGUAUACGUGCCCUCAGUUUAUAAGAAAGAGAUUGGUUCAGCUGGCCAAAGAGUGCAUCUCACACCAGUUGAUUCAACACUGUCAAAUUAUGCACCGUGGAAAUCAAGCAGGUCGAAUAGUCACAUGGGCACGUCCUCCUAUGUGUCGUCUCCCACCAAGAGCACACCUGGAAUGCGAUCUCGGCCUCCUCUGCAGCCCGUUCACGGCCGCACAGAUUGGUCUGCCAAAUACGGCCAUCGCUAGGCCAUUCUCAAUAUGAGUGCUGAUUUGUCUACCCUGUGAUUUGAAAUCUAUACCUUCUUAUACAGCAAUAAUCUUUUACAUUCCGCUGUGUAAAUCAUUUGUGUGAAGUUUUUAUAUUGAUUUUGCAAAACAUGCACACAAAUCUCACUGGUGGUGUCAAUGUAUCUGUUGCAAAUUUCUCUUUUAUCCUGCAUAAUCUCUGCAAAACAUGUAUGCAUUUAUGUCAGUACAUUUGGUGAUAUUAAAGCUCUUUAUUUUACUUUUCUGGA